GCAGCGGCCAAGCGCUGGGCGAAGUUCGGUGUGGAUCGGCGACGACCUCGCAAGGAGCUUCGCAUCUGGGCGUUGAGUGAUGUCUUCUUCGACCAGCACGGUGUGCCUGAGUGGUGCAAGAGCUUGUCUUCGUCCUUCUUCCGUGACGACGUGCUGAUGUUGGCUGGAAACUUGGCCGACUCCUUGCCGCAGCUGAGAUUUGCUCUAACGGUACUGAAAAGCAAGUUCCGUCGCAUCUUUUACGUGCCCGGAAACCAUGACCUCUGGGUGCGCCGGGUGACGCUGAGCAGCAUCAUCAGGGGGGAGCAGGUCAAAGAUGAGCAGAGGGAAGCUCGACUGCAGACCAGCAUGCCAGAAUCACAUAUGUAG